AUGAAGGCAACUGGUGUCUUCCUUCUCCUCUCCCUGGCACUCUGCUGCUACCAAGGAAAUGCUGAGAUGGAUGGAGCUGCUGGCAGAGGAACAGAGGCAGCUUGUGGCAAUUAUGACCUAAGAAAAGGUUGUACGAAGAUCUUUGACCCCGUCUGUGGCACAGACAACCUCCUGUAUGGCAAUGAAUGUCUGUUGUGCGUUCACAACCUGCAAAGAAAUACUCAUGUGCGCAUAAAGAACAGGGGAAUGUGCCAAAAGCCCUCUCCACGCUCCAACUCUGCUCAAAAAUAA